UCUAGGCCUUCCAUACCCAGUGCCACCCCUUCUCAAUACGUGAGUGUAGAUUUGAGAAGAAAGAGCUUAGAGAGAUGGAGAUGGAGAUGGAUAUGUACAGAUGUGUGGAAUGUGGGUUUCGGAUCAAAACACUGUUCGUGCAGUACUCACCUGGAAACAUCCGACUCAUGAAAUGUGAGAAUUGCAAAGCAGUUGCUGAUGAGUACAUCGAAUGUAAUUUCUUGAUUCUUCUAAUUGAUUUGAUUCUGCACAAGCCCAAAGCAUAUAGACAUUUACUCUUUAACGUUCUUAAACAAGGAGCUCCACAUUUUGAGGGUUUAUUGUGGAAGUCAACUGUUGGUUAUCUUCUUUUGGAUGCUUACAGGAGUCUUGUUCUAAAAAGUUGUGAUGAAGAGUGGAGUUCGUCCAUGAGCCUUUCUUCAUUAGUUUGGACAUGUCGAAAGGUUCGCUCAUGCAUAUGUGUAAAGUGUACAUGAAUUUAAUUUUCAAAA